AGGAACUAGCUUAUCCAGGAAUAUUUCUGGAUCAAAAGCGGCCAGAUGAGAAGCAAAGAUUGACUCGUGUUCACUACAGUGAAAAAUGCAAAUUUGAACUAAGACGGUCUGAUCGAAGAGCUGCAAUGUGUAUUGAGAAUAUAUUUUUUAAAACUAAAAAAAUGCAGAUGAAGUUAUUGCUGGGACAAUCUCAGCUUGCUAUUCGCAGGUGUAAAAUGGGAAACAGAACACUUACUGCUGGUGAGUUAAAAACACCGGAAGGUUUAACAAAUCUCAUUUGCCAUGAUGAAGGAUACAAAUUUUUAAGAGCUUUGAGAGGUUCUCCACCUUACUUUGAAAAAGCCAAAAAGGAUUUGUUUGUUAUGAUUCGGCAGUUAGGACCUGCAUCAUUAUUUUGUAGUUUUUCAUCUGCUGAAACAAAAUGGAAUCAUUUACUAAGAAUCCUUGGUAAGCUUGUUGAUCACAAAGACUAUAGUGAUGAACAAUUAUAUAUGUAA